AUGCAAAUCAGCCUCAAGACCCUCUACAUCGCCGCCGCCACGCUGAUGGCCGCCAGCAGCGUCUCCGCAGACAGCUGCUCUCGUUGGACCGGCCGUGACUGCCCUGCCAACCAGCCCGUGAGCUGCGGCGACGGAUGCUGCUGCGAGUCGCUCAACGUCUGUGCGUGUUAG